AUGUACCCACCCAUCCACCUCAGACACAUGUACCGUCAGGCUGGUACAUACACACUACCCCCAACCCAAACACCCGCGGUACACCCACGUAGAACGCACCCACCAGUCGACCAUCAUACCAUACCCCUCAGAACGCACCCACCUGUCGUUGAUCGUACCAGCCCACCUCAGAACGCACCCACCAGUUGA